AUGUCUUCUAGUUCUUUACCUCUCGUGCGGCUUCCUGAGCCGUACAAGACCACCUAUCGGUUGCAUGUCGUUUCCAGCGAUCAAAAGGCUCGCACGUUCCAAUUGCUCCGAGCUCCCCGUGAAGAUGAAGGCAUACCCCCUCCUAAGCCAUUGGACCAUGCGCUGCUGCGCUUUACGGAUCUGAUGCAGCCGAAUGCGUCCACCACACCUGAAGAUGGAAACAAUUCUCCCUGGGCCCGUGCCCAGAGGAGCCCGGUUACACAUUUCUCUUGGGAGGGCUCAGAGACACCUACGAUAGGUCAGAUCUGGAAUGUGAUCUAUGCCAUCCAGACACUACACAGUGACUUUGAGGUCUUCCGUGCAGUCCUGUCUGGCGCCGGUAAAGACCUCAUCUCAAGAGAGCUCCGAGCUGUAGGUCUUGCGAUUGACCACCCUGAGCCUUCCGCGGCGCCGGGUAAGCCUGUGCCCACAUCUACUGGCCACCUAGGAGAGUUGGUUUUCUUCCGCAGCAGCUUUUGGCAAGGUGCUGGUUCGCCUUUUGGAACCCGUCCCGCUUGGGUGUCUGAUCCAGGCAUCUACAGUUACAUGCGCAAGCCCUUGAACAACUACCCUACCCGUCCUCGCCAGCACAUGGUAACCACCGGGUUUCCUGAACGUCGAGUCCACGCCCUUCAUCCCGUCCGACCUCCCAAGCCAGCCGCUGGCUCUCGCGUGUACAGCAGGUACAUCCCACACUUGGACGAGUUCUUUUCGGUUUUUGCGCUCGAUUAUAAAAAUCCAGAGCACCUUGGACUUUUCAACAAAUGGCAAAAUGAUCCACGUGUUGCUCAGGGCUGGAAUGAAACUGGAACAUUGGAUGAGCAUCGCGAGUAUCUGCGAAAGAUCCACGAAGAUCCGCACCAGAUGGCUGUCCUAGCCAAGUUCAAUGACACGUUCUUCUCCUACCACGAGAUCUACUGGACGAAGGAGGACCACCUCGGCGCAUACUACGAUGCUGGAGAUUGGGACCGAGGCCGUCACUCCCUUGUUGGGGACGAGAGGUUCCGAGGACCACACCGCACUAUUGCAUGGUGGUCUGGGUUGAUGCACUAUAUCUUCCUAGACGACCCACGGACGGAGUUCGUCACCGGCGAGCCGAAAUACUCCAACCUGGCCCCAUUGACCUAUGACCACGCCACUGGCAUGAACCUUGCCAAGCUGGUCGACCUACCACACAAACGCUCGGCUCUCAUACUCGGCAGCCGUGAAAAGUUCUUCCAUGUAGCACCUUUGCGAUUUGACGGAUCCGACACCCUUGACCGGAACCCCUUCCGGUCGCUUAAGCUGUGA